AUGGCCCCCCUCCGUCGGUAUCUCAGAAUCACAAAGUACUCUGUGCUUGAGUGCCGUAUCUAUCUUGAUGACCCGUCUCUGGCGCAGUCGUGGCUCCUCAGCCCGCGCGAUCCGGUCCUGCCAAGGGUUAUCGAGGCGGUGCGGCCGUUCGUCCUGCCCAAGCUGCGCGAGGAGCGCGAGCGCAGCCGGAAGAAGAGCGCCAAGAAGCGCAGUAUCAAGGACACGGUGACGCAAGACGACUUUGAGGUGUCCAUCUUCUUGACCGAGACGAACAUCCGCCACUCACUGCUGUACAAGCACAAGCACUUUCGUGAUACCACACAGACGAGGCUGACGUCUAAUACGUCUAAGCUGACGGGGGCCUCCAGGGAAGCCCCCAUCGACGUCGACGUUUCGGGUAUACCUAUGCUACGGGAGGAGGAUGACGACGAUGAUGUCGUUGCGCUCCAUGAUAUACCCAUAUUACCUCAAGACGAGACGACGGCAGCGGCCGCUCCUCGGCAGGGCGAUGCCGACGUCCCAGGAUCGGACGAGUUUGAGGAAGAUCACGAUGACGAUGAUGUUGAUGAUCUGUUUAUAGCCCAGGACGAGGACGAAGAUCAACACGAGGGAGACGACACAGCCCCGCCUCCGGCCAAGCGUCUUAGGGACGGUGCUAACGCUUUGGAACACGAAGGAGGACGGGACGACAAGAAGAAGCUAGCAAUGGACAUUUCGUACGAGGGCUUCUCUAUCUAUGGUCGCGUCCUGUGCCUGGUCGUCAAGCGGCGUGAGGGCAUCGGCAGCAAGGGGAAGGGCAUCGCCACGGCGGGCGGCCGGGGCAAGGCUGGACAGUCAACUCCUGCACCGGGCGGCCAGGCUGUGAUGGAGAACUGGAUCACGUCUACACAGAUUCCGGACGCGGCUGUCAGCGCGCUGUCGGACGCGCUGUGA